CCUCUCUCUCUCUCUCUCUCUCUCUCUCUCUGUUGGUAAGCAAGGAUUCAGUCUCUCACACUCUCACACAGUCGUCAGGUUUUAUUUCUCUCUUCCUCCUCCUCCUCCUCCUCCUCUUCUUCUUCUCUUGUUAUGACUCAUUUCAGGAGUGACUGCCACCGAGACAGACACGGCGGGAUGAACGGCGAGCAGAGAGCCAGCCGCACCACGACGGCCAAGAGAGGAAGCGGCGCCUCCUACAGAUCUGACUAUGAGAUUGAGUAUGACAGAUACCCUGAUGACCACUAUAACAGGGUGUUUGACUACCAGCGUGUCCCCUCCUCAGUCCCGGUGGAUCCCAGCCCUGUCAAACGGCCCCGUCCUUCAUCCUCCUCCUCCUCCUCUUCCUCCUCCACAGCGGCUCUGAGGAUGAGGAGCAGCAGAGCGUCCAGCAGGAGCAACAACACACACAGCCCCUCCUCCGGCAGCAGCAACGCCAAAUUGAAGAUGGCGGAGCUUCUUGCCAUAAAGAGGGAGUUGACGGUGAUCAAGGUUCAGAUCGACGGCCUGCUGGACUGUGUAGACAAGAUGGACAGACAGAGGAAGGACCUCUCAGAGUGUCCUCAGAGCAGGGAGCCCAGUGUGUCGGGUUCUCCUCGUCGAGGUUCAGUCAGCAGUCUGGAGAGAGAAAGUCCUGAACCAGGAGAGGCCAGCGAGGACGAGCCGCUGCACUACCCCCACUACUACCCCCACAGCUACCCCCACAGGAUAAAGCAGCACCCGUCUGAUCUGGAGGACGACCUGUGAUUCCGCAGCUCAGAAACAGAAGCUUGAAUCGGUAACAGCUGGGAUGGAAGAUGCUUCAAGGAGGCGUUGGCAACAUGAACUGCAUUGGACUGACCCUCCUCCACACCUGAAUCUGUCACUACCUGUCCAUCACUGUCUUCUUAGCUCUGGUUUCCAUCAACACUGACUCAACAAAACUCCCCUGUGUAACUGGUCACGUGGGACAAUAUAGCUAAACCUGUGUUUCUGUAAAGCACCAUACAUACUGAUGGUAUUAGUUUGUAGAUAAUUUCCUAUCUUUCGGGCAGCCGGUAAAUUACAACUACACUGUAAAAAUGGACUUAAAGAAUCUUGGCACAUUGGCUAUUUAUUUUAUUUUAUUUUGGCCUCUCUUUAGUAAUGCAAUCAAGGAUGGUGCGACAUCUUAAAACGAACUACCUACAAAAACGUGUCAAAUUCAUGAGCUAUGUUUUGCUCGUUUUCCAUGACGUAAGAAGAGUAAAAUUAACUUUUUGAUAUGAUACAAGACUGCCCUGAAAUCUCCUGGCUGUCAGCCAACACUGCAGGAUAACAGCUGGAAUCGGCUCAGAUUUGGAAGUAUACGGGCCAGAUUCGGGCCGAGGACCGAGGCAAAUUUGGGCUAGAAGUUUAAUUUUGCUACCUGGGUAUAUUAGACAGUAUAUAGCGUAUACUAUUCUACUGUGUGUGCUAUAUUUACUCAAACCAGAGUACAUAUCCAGUAUGAUACUCCAUACCAGAAUAAAAAUAAAUAAUUUACUAAAAAGAUCAUAUUGGCCCCAUUUAUCACCCUAACCAAUUGCUUCCCAUAGUGGACUCCACUCUGAUUUAUGUUAUUGAAGUCAGUGUGGCAGCAGCUGGCAGCUCCUUAUCACCCAUUUUAUUUUCAUCAGGCCUGUUAUCAUCAUGUGUAACCAGCUGUGUACAGGACUGCAUUAUAGUUGUGCAUUAAAGGCUCAGUGAGCACGGUUUUAUGACUCUCUGCUCUCUGAUUCUAUUGUCUAAUUCACUCAGGAAAUUAGUUAUAAACUGAUUUAUAUACUCUGACAAUUUCCUGGAAUGAGCAUUUAAUUGGAAAUAAAAAUAUUGGACCGGUUAGCUGACUAAUUUAGCAGCUGAAUUAAAGUUAGCUAAACUAAACUUUUGCAUAUUAAUCAGUUUGUCUUGGUUUAGCUGCUAAAGCAGUUUGGAUUGUUACCUGUGGUUUAGCUCAGCAGCUAAAACAAUUUGAUUUGUCAUUAGGUCAGUACCUAAAACUGUUGGUUUUGCAUUAGGUAACAGUUUAGCAGGGUGGUUCAGGUUAGCUAACGGAUCAGUUUAAUGGCUAAAACAGUUGGAUUCAUCUUAGCUAUUGAAUUAGUUUUAUGACUGAAACUGAUUUGCUCAGGUUAACUAAUGGAUCAGUUUGGCAGAUAAAAUUGUUUGGUUGAGUUUAGCUAACGGAUCAGUUAAAUAGCUAAAACCGUUUGGUUUAGGUUAGCUAGCGGAUUAAAUUGGCAGAUGAAACAGUUUGGUUCUGGUUAGCUGAUGGAUCAGUUUAACGACUAAAACUGUUUGGUUCGGAUUAGCUAGCAGCUUAGUUUGGCAGGAAAGAGUUUGGUUCAUGUUAGCUAACAGAUCAUUUUAACGACUAAAACUGUUUGGUUUAGCUAACCGAUCAGUUUGACGGAUGAGACAUUGCAGUUUCAGGUUAAUAGCUCAUAGUAUUUGGUGUAGGCUACUUAAACAGGACAGUUCAGCAAGUGGUUCAGCUGUAUAACAGUUCAGUUACUGAACCGGUUCACUUUACUUUAGCUGACAGGAUCAUUUACCACCUUAAACUGUUUGGUUGACCCAACAGACAAAACAGUUUGGCAGAAAAAAAGAGUUAGCUCCACAUUUGUUAACAGAUCAGCAGAUAAAAACAAUUGAUUCAGAUUAUCUUAAGUUAAAUUACUAAAAUUGUUUUCUGUUGCUAAUGUUCUUCCAACCCACGAUCAAACGAGGAUGAAAUCCCUGUACUACACAGAACAGUAUUUUAAUUAAGUCAGUGUAAAAACACAUUAAUUGUGAAAUAUUUAGUUUGUUUACAUCACUUGCAUUCAAGGAGAUUUCUUCUUCUCCACCAGAUUUUAGGUGACUGAUUUUAUGGUGAGCACAGCCACCAAACUGUUGCAAAGUCAAACACAUAAAGACUUUUCCUCUGGCAUCUUUACCCAGCUGGACAUGGACAACUGUGACAGACUGUAAAUAUGUUCAGAGCGUUCAUGUAAAAUAUUUAUGUGUACAGUAGUGGCACUUUAUACUUAAACAUUAUUUCAGACUUUAAAAAAAAUUAUACUAAAUGUUUUAAUAAGAAAUUCUGUAACUGAAAGUACAGAAUCAUUUUGGAAAUAUGACAACACUUCAUUUGGCUUCAGUGUAGUUUCUGCUGUUGAUGCUUUUGUGUUUGUUCUCAGUGCUGAAUGUAACGUAUUUUAAUGUGAGUGUAGUAAAGGUAUUUUUCAUAAAAUA